AUGGCUCUGAGUACCGGAUUUCGCUUGCUCCGCUGCUGUGGCUCUCACCAUCCUCUCAGCUUCAGCAUGUCUCUCGGAGUCGGUGCUCCGACCCGGAUGCUCCAUAAACGGGUAUCUGAGCUCAGGGUCCUCUCCGUCGUGGGCCCACAUCGUCAGAGUAGGUUAUCAGUAAAAGCUUCGAGGCGGAGGGAAGAGGAAAUAGAUGGAGACGAUGGAAAUGGGAGCGUGAUGACUGUGAGAGAUAAAGGUGGAAGUGGGGGCGGAGGUGAUGGCAGGGUUGUAAUUUCUGAGCUGCACAAGGAGGCCACUGAAGCUUACAUGGCUUAUGCCAUGUCUGUGCUCCUGGGCCGAGCUUUGCCGGACGUUAGAGACGGGCUAAAGCCUGUCCACCGGAGAAUACUAUAUGCUAUGCAUGAAUUGGGGCUUUCCUCGAGGAAACCUCACAAGAAAUGUGCAAGAGUUGUUGGCGAGGUGCUUGGUAAAUUCCAUCCUCAUGGAGACAAUGCUGUGUACGAUUCGCUGGUUCGAAUGGCUCAGGAUUUCUCCUUGCGCUUCCCACUCAUUCAAGGGCAUGGGAAUUUUGGCUCAAUUGAUGCAGAUCCUCCCGCAGCAAUGCGCUACACAGAAUGCAGACUGAGGGCACUCACUGAGGCAAUGUUGUUAUCAGACCUGGACCAAGAUACUGUUGAUUUUGUUCCAAAUUUUGACAACUCCCAAAAAGAGCCAUCCUUACUCCCUGCUCGUGUUCCGAACUUGCUGUUGAAUGGUGCUUCUGGGAUUGCGGUUGGAAUGGCUACAAAUAUACCACCACAUAAUCUUGGGGAGUUGGUUGAUGCACUGUCUGUGCUGAUUCGUAAUCCUGAAGCAACGUUGCAAGAAUUGCUGGAGUACAUGCCUGGACCUGACUUCCCAACAGGAGGAGUAAUAAUGGGUACCAUUGGCAUUUUAGAGGCAUAUAGAACUGGACGAGGGCGUGUCAUAAUCAGAGGGAAAACUGAUGUUGAAUUACUUGAUUCCAGAACCAGUCGUGCAGCAAUCAUCAUAAAAGAGAUUCCGUAUCAGACUAACAAAGCAUCCCUUGUGGAGAAAAUUGCCGAACUUGUGGAAAAUAAGAUUUUAGAAGGCAUAAGUGAUAUUCGUGAUGAGAGUGAUCGAUCUGGAAUGCGCAUAGUCAUUGAGCUUAAAAGAGGAUCUGAUCCAUCCAUCAUCUUGAAUAAUCUAUAUCGUCUAACAGCACUCCAGUCUACUUUUAGCUGCAACAUGGUGGGUAUCCUCAAUGGUCAACCGAAACAAAUGGGUUUAAAAGAAUUGCUUCAGGCGUUUCUAGAUUUUAGAUGCUCUGUGGUUGAAAGGCGUGCUAAGUUUAAGCUGUCACAAGCAAAAGAUAGGUAUCAUAUUGUUGAGGGCAUUAUAGUGGGGCUUGAUAAUCUGGACAGAGUUAUUGACAUAAUCCGGAACGCUUCAAGUCACGCAUCAGCAGCUGCUAAUUUGAAAGGAGAGUUCAGUUUGUCUGAUAAGCAAGCAGAAGCUAUACUGGAUAUAAGCCUUAGAAAGCUGACAUCUCUUGAGAGAAAUAAGUUUGUUGCUGAGGGAAAAUCUUUGACAGAACAAAUUUCCAAGCUACAAGAACUUCUGUCAAGCAAAAAGCAAAUACUUGAGUUGAUAGAAGAAGAAGCAAUAGAAAUAAAGAACAAGUUUUCUACUCCAAGGUGUUCGAUGCUGGAGGACACUGAAAGUGGCCUACUUGAAGAGAUAGAUGUUAUCCCAAAUGAAGAAAUGCUACUGGCAUUUAGUGAAAAGGGAUAUGUAAAAAGAAUGAGGCCUGAUACAUUCAAUCUUCAAAACCGUGGGACUAUAGGAAAAUCAGUUGGGAAGUUGAGAGUAAAUGACGCAAUGUCUGAUUUCCUCGUCUGUCGAGCCCAUGACUACAUGCUGUAUUUUAGCGAUAAGGGAACAGUUUACUCAGCUCGGGCGUAUAAAAUUCCCGAAUGUACCCGUGCUGCUGCUGGCACACCACUUGUCCAAAUAUUGUCCUUAUCCGAUGGUGAGAGAAUAACUUCCAUUGUCCCUGUGAGUGAGUUUGAAGAAAACCAGUAUCUUAUGAUGCUCACUAUGAAUGGUUAUAUCAAGAAAGUUUCUUUGAAUUAUUUCUCAUCAAUUAGGACAACAGGAAUCAUAGCAAUUCAACUGGUUCCUGGUGAUGAGCUGAAAUGGGUGCGACAUUGCACGAAUGAUGAUUUUGUGGCCAUGGCCUCACAGAAUGGAAUGGUGAUCUUGAGCCCUUGUGAGAAUAUUAGAGCACUUGGAAGGAAUACAAGAGGUUCUGUUGCCAUGAGACUGAGACAAGCGGAUAAAAUGGCAAGCAUGGACAUAAUUCCAGCAUCUUUCGGAAAAGAGUUGGGGAAAGUUUCAGGAACUCAUCAGACCCAUGGUAAGGACUUGAGUGGUCCAUGGCUGUUGUUCAUAUCUGAGAAUGGCUUUGGGAAGCGAGUUCCUCUUGCCAAAUUCCGCACGUCACCAUUGAAUAGAGUUGGUUUAAAAGGUUACAAGUUUUCAUCUGAAGAUCGCCUUGUAGCUGUUUUCGUAGUUGGAGAAGAUGGAGAAAGUGAUGAACAAGUGGUAUUGGUGAGCCAAAGUGGAACAGUGAAUCGGAUAAAAGUUCGGGAUAUCUCUAUUCAGUCACGGUUUGCAAGAGGAGUGAUUUUGAUGCGUCUUGAGCAUGCUGGAAAAAUUCAAUCUGCAUCGUUGAUUUCAGCAACCGAAACAGAUUCCGAGGAAGUUGAGGUUGCUGUAGCAUAG